UUUAGAUGACGGCAGCAGGUUUGGUUGAGCUUUGAAUGAGGGGUCAUCGUUCCGGUGCUCUAACGAGGAAAAUACACUUAAAGUGUUACUAAAAGCCUUUUAAUAUGCACAAAAAGGUUUUUGUUACAGCGUCUUGACCGAACAUUGAGCGGGCCUACGUUUCGUCAUCAGAUUUCCUUAGAGCUGUUCUUCAUGCGCUACAUUUCCUAUCUGACGUUUCCAGUACCUUAAUCCUGGUCAGACUCUCAGUGGACUACUGGAGCCAAACAUUCUGUAAAGAUCUGUAUAAAUCGAACGCACAUCCCAGCUCCUCCCACUUGUGAGCUCCUCCUCCCUUCGUCCUGCUCUUUAACUCUGAUUGUGAGGUGUUCAAACACUUGGGACAGCAGGCCACCAUGUCCUCCAUCCUCCCCUUCACUCCUCCAGUUGUCAAACGCCUGCUGGGUUGGAAAAAGACUCCAACGGGGAAUGGAGGAGCAGGAGGAGGUGGAAUAGGAGGAGUAGGAGAGCAGAAUGGAGGAGGCCAGGAGGAGAAAUGGUGUGAGAAAGCAGUGAAGAGCCUGGUGAAGAAGCUGAAGAAGACUGGGCAGCUGGAUGAGCUGGAGAAGGCCAUUAGCACUCAAAACAGCAACACAAAGUGUGUCACCAUCCCCAGCAAUUGCUCAGAUCUUUGGGGUCUAGGCUCAGGACAUACGAUAGAACAGUGGGACUCUGCAGGCAUGUAUGGAUAUGCAGACCACAGCAGGUCAUUAGAUGGACGUCUUCAGGUGUCCCACCGUAAGGGCCUGCCGCAUGUUAUCUACUGCCGCCUGUGGCGAUGGCCAGACCUGCACAGCCACCACGAGCUGAGGGCCAUUGACAACUGUCAGUACGCCUUCAACCUGAAGAAGGAUGAAGUGUGUGUCAAUCCCUACCAUUACCAGAGAGUCGAGACGCCUGUGCUGCCUCCAGUUUUGGUUCCACGACACACAGAGAUUCUGACAGAACUUCCACCUCUAGAAGACUACACACACUCCAUCCCCGAAAACACCAACUUUCCUGCUGGGAUCGACCCUCCAAAUAACUACAUCCCAGACACGCCUCCUCCCGGUUACAUCAGUGAAGAUGGUGAGACCAGCGACCAGCAGAUGAAUCAAAGCUCUCCAGCAGAGCUGUCUCCAAACACACUGUCACCUGUCAGUCAUGGACUCGACCUGGAGCCGGUGACUUACAGUGAACCGGCGUUCUGGUGCUCUAUAGCCUACUACGAGCUGAACCAGCGGGUUGGAGAGACCUUCCACGCCUCCCAGCCAUCUCUGACAGUUGACGGCUUCACCGACCCCUCCAACUCUGAACGCUUCUGUCUCGGCUUGCUCAGCAACGUUAACAGGAACGCCACUGUCGAAAUGACGAGGAGACACAUAGGUCGUGGCGUGCGCCUGUAUUACAUUGGCGGUGAGGUCUUUGCAGAGUGCCUCAGUGACAGUGCCAUAUUUGUCCAGAGCCCAAACUGUAACCAACGAUAUGGUUGGCACCCUGCCACAGUUUGCAAGAUACCGCCAGGCUGUAAUCUGAAGAUUUUUAACAAUCAGGAGUUUGCUGCUCUUCUGGCCCAGUCGGUCAAUCAGGGCUUUGAAGCAGUUUACCAGCUAACCAGGAUGUGCACCAUCAGAAUGAGCUUCGUAAAGGGCUGGGGGGCGGAGUACAGGCGUCAGACGGUAACCAGCACUCCGUGUUGGAUUGAGCUGCAUCUCAACGGCCCCCUACAGUGGCUGGAUAAGGUGCUGACCCAGAUGGGCUCUCCAUCUGUGCGCUGCUCCAGCAUGUCCUAAACCAGGUCACCGAAGACUACAGUGACGCGAUUGACAACCUGGUGCAUUGGUUUAAUAACAUGACUGAGCUGUAAAGUUAGCAAUGCACAAUGAGCCUGAUCACCUGUUGGACCGACGUCAGGCUGACAUUCCAAAAAUGACAGAUCUACAGGGGAAG